CGGACCGACUACCAGGGAUGUCCGGGAUUCAACCUGAGGAUGGUUCCUCUCCGUGCAGGAACUGGACGACCGGAUCGGAGCUAAACGGAACACAGGAGGCUCUUCUAACCUCCUCCUCCGACUACGACGAUGAGGAGUUUCUGCGGUACCUCUGGAAGGAGUAUUUGCAUCCCAAGGAGUACGAAUGGGCGCUGAUCGCUGGCUACAUUGUCGUCUUCAUCGUGGCACUCGUCGGGAACGUCCUGGUUUGUAUUGCAGUGUGGAAGAAUCAUCACAUGAGGACAGUUACCAACUAUUUCAUAGUGAAUCUUUCUCUGGCUGAUAUUCUGGUCACAAUUACUUGUCUUCCAGCAACUUUAGUAGUUGACAUCACAGAAACGUGGUUCUUCGGGCAGCCUCUCUGCAAAGUGAUUCCCUACUUACAGACGGUUUCAGUCUCUGUGUCUGUACUAACACUCAGCUGCAUUGCUUUGGAUCGAUGGUAUGCAAUUUGUCACCCUUUGAUGUUUAAAAGCACAGCCAAGCGAGCAAGGAACAGCAUUAUAAUCAUCUGGAUUGUGUCCUGCAUCAUAAUGAUUCCUCAGGCUAUUGUUAUGGAGUGCAGCAGCGUGUUCCCAGGAUUAGCCAACAAAACCACCUUGUUCACAGUGUGCGAUGAGCGCUGGGGAGCUGAGUUGUACCCCAAAAUGUACCACACUUGCUUUUUCCUGGUGACAUACAUGGCACCACUUUGUCUUAUGGUGUUGGCCUAUUUGCAGAUCUUUCGAAAGCUGUGGUGCCGCCAGAUCCCAGGAACUUCUUCUUUUGUUCAGAAAAAGUGGAAGCCCCUGCAACCCUCAGCACAGCCCCGAGGGCUGAGCCAAUCAACAAAGUCAAAGAUUAGUGCUGUGGCAGCUGAAAUAAAGCAGAUUCGUGCAAGAAGGAAAACAGCACGUAUGCUAAUGGUUGUCCUCCUGGUUUUUGCUCUUUGCUAUCUACCAAUUAGCAUCCUCAAUGUCUUGAAAAGGGUAUUUGGGAUGUUUAAUCAUGCUGAUGACAGAGAAACUGUAUAUGCCUGGUUCAUGUUCUCACACUGGCUGGUGUAUGCAAACAGUGCAGCCAAUCCUAUUAUUUAUAACUUCCUCAGCGGGAAAUUUAGAGAAGAAUUUAAAGCAGCAUUUUCCUGUUGCAUCUUUGGCAUUCGCGGUCACCGUGACGAGCGACUCAGCAGAGGCCAUGCCAGUACAGAGAGUCGGAAAUCAUUGACCACCCAGAUCAGCAACUUUGAUAACGUUUCCAAACUUGCAGAGCACGUUGUGUUGACCAACAUAAACACAAUUCCAGCAAAUGGUAUCCCAGCUAUACUCAGCCCACUGAAAUCAGUGGAGCUGCAUCUUCACAUACCAGGGGUAAACAUGACUUCAAAUUUGGAUGAAGCUGUGAGGGCUUCUGCAGAAGAUACCAGUAACACAGAGAACGCAGAGUGGAACAAGUUCAUCCCUAGCAUAACUAAACUUACCUCGACAGAGUUACAGCAAGGAUGACUGGCUCAGCACAUGUAAGACCACCGGAGAAUGACACAUGCUUUUAGCAUGUCACAGACACCUGGGCAAAGGGAUUCCUUCAAAAUGACUGCCUCUCCCUUUUCUUCUCAGUCUUACAGAAACCUACUUACCUCAGUAUGAGCUAAAGAACAUGUCUUUACAAGUCUUUUUAGAUUGGGUUGUAUCAUACUUUGUAAAUAUUGUAGAUAUUUAUUUUUAUAUAUU